AUGGGUCAUUAUGCCACUGCUCUUUCUCUUAUUCAGAACAAGUUGCAACAGUUCCAAGUUCAGGUCAAUAUCUGCACCUUCUGCAUUGCUAUUAACUGUUACUGCUACCUUAAUCGAGUCGAUUUUGGGUUGUCUCUUUUGGGGACCCUUUUCAAACGCAGUUACACACCUGAUGUAACUACCUUCACAACUCUGAUUAAUGGACUUAUUUUGCAAGAUAAAACUCCUCAAGCUGUGGAGUUAUUUAAGAAAUUAAUGAGAACUAGAGAAAUUGAACCCGACGUGGUUAUGUAUGGAACCAUUGUCAAUGGACUCUGCAGAACGGGGAACACUAUCAGGGCUGUUAGUUUGCUUAGGAUAAUGGAAGAGGGAAGUUGUAAACCUAACACCGUAGUGUAUAGCAUGAUCAUUGACAGUCUUUGCAAGGAUAGAAUGGUGGAUGAUGCUCUCAAACUCUUUUCUACAAUGGAUGAAAAGGGUAUUUUCCCACAUGUUGUCACUUAUACUUCUUUGAUUCAUGGCCUAUGUAAUUUUGGCUGGUGGAAGGAGGCUACCAGAAUGUUUAGAGAAAUGUUGGAUAGUGGUAUUGCUCCAGAUGUUCAUAUGUAUAGUGUGUUGCUGGAUGGAUGUACCAAGGAAGAGAAGAUGAAAGAGGCAGAAGGGGUACUUGAAGGCAUGAUACAAAGAAAUAUGGAUCCUAAUGUAGUCACAUACAAUGCUUUAAUGGAUGGAUAUUGUUUGCAAGGCCAAAUGGAUGAAGCAAUUAGAGUGUUCAAUACCAUGGUGGAUAGGGGCCUUCGCUCCAAUGUUUUUAGCUAUAACAUUCUAAUCAAUGGAUAUUGCAAGAAAAUGAAAAUAGAUGAGGCCAUGCAUCUCUUUCGAGAAUUGCCUCGAAGGGGGUUGAAACCCGACAAUGGAACUUUCAGUGCUAUGUUAUGGGGUUUGUUUCAAACAGGUAGAUGUGGAGCUGCUCAAAAGCUUUUUAAUGAUAUGCAAACUGCAAGCAUAAUUCCAGAUUCUCAAACUUAUGGUAUCUUAUUGGAUGGGUUGUGCAAAAAUGGGCACAUUUCUGAAGCACUGUCAUUAUUCCGAACGAUGGAAAACAACAGUUUACAUCCUAAUGUUGUUAUGUACAAUAUUCUCAUUGAUGCAUUCUGCAAGGAUAAAAAGCUUGAUAUUGCAAGGGCCCUUUUCAAUAACCUUUCUUCCAAGGGAUUACAACCUGAUGUUAAGACAUACUACGAUGAUAUAAGAGACUGCCCUGGAUGUUUGGGAGCCAGUAGCUGCUACAUGUUCCCGGAAGGGGAAUUUUUCUCACUAGAUCAUCUCUUGGAUUACAAGCCUAUUUGCACAGUUGACUCAGUUGGUUACUGGAAGUUUCUUGCUCAGGAGAGAGUCUUCAAGUUCCUGGAAGGCCUCAAUGUGGAGUUUGACAGGGUCCGGAGUCGUGUCCUUGGCAUAGAUGUUCUUCCAUCUCUUCAGGAGGCAUUUGCUUAUGUCCAGAAUGAAGAGAGUCGUCGUUCUGCUAUGUUACCACCGACUUCUAUAGACCGUUCAGCAUUACUUUUUGCACCUUCUCGGGAUAGGGCUGGUUUGUCACUUCCUUCUUCUCAUCCUUCCAGGAAGGAUAAUUUGUUCUGUGAUUACUGUUGCUAG